AUGGCUGAAGAUCCAGAAAUCUUGAAGCUGCAACCUGGAGACAAUUCAGCGAUAAGCCUGGUGACCACACUAUUUGAUGGAAUGAAUUUUCUUUCAUGGAGCCGUUCUAUAAAGCUAGCACUCACAGCAAAAAUGAAACUCUCCUUCAUCAAUGGAGAAAAUAAAAAACCAGAGAAGAAUGCCAAGGAAUUUGAACAAUGGAUAAGGACGGAUUCUAUGGUGGCUUCAUGGAUACUAAAUUCCAUCAAGAGAAAGAUAGCAGAUUGUUUUAUGUACACAAACACAUCAAGAGCACUAUGGAAAGAAUUGAAGAAUAGAUAUGGCCAAAGUAAUGGGCCAAUGGAAUACCAACUCAAGAAGGAAUUAGGUGCUACCACUCAAGGGACGAUGUCUUUAUCAGCAUACUUCUCCAAACUCAUGAGAUUGUGGGAUGAACUGGCUUUUUAUGACAAUGUAAGGAGCCAAGUUCUUGUAAUGGAACCAAGGCCAGACAUCAACAAAGCAUACUCCAUGGUGCUCAAUGUUGAAAAGCAGAGGGAAGUGAACUUUGGACAACCACAAACGGCCCCUAACAUGGCUAUGCAAGACCUCAAGACUAGAGAGAUCAUUGGGAUAGGAUGCUUAGUAGGAAAUCUCUAUGUCAUCAAGACUGAAUCCUUUGACAAAAGAUUCAUAGAAGAUGUACUUACAAACUUCAGAAAUACUGGUUUUAUAGCUGCUAAAACCUAUAAGCAACCUAUUAAUAGUAUUAUAGAGGAUGAAGAUGAUCAAGAUACCCUUUCACAACCUAAUCCUGAGACUAUAGAAGAAACUCCAGUUAUUGAUCAACAAGAACAUGAGCAAAUGUCAGAUGACAUGAAUCUGAGGAGAUCUAGAAGACAAAAUGUAAGACCUACAAAGUUCCAAGACUAUGUUUGUGUCUGUAAGAAAGAAGACAAUGACAUUCUUACUGUUAAACUUCAGAACAACAUGAAUACAUACAUAAACACUGUUAGUGACCUACCUGUUGAACCUAGUAAUUACAGUGAAGCAAUGAAUGAUAAGGAAUGGAUAGAAGCCAUGAAAUCAUAG